CUCUGAAAGUGGGCCUAUCCUCGCUGGUCACGUCUCCUCUCCGCGCACGAAAACCCUAGCACGCAGGCGCAGCCAGCCCUGCUCCAAUUCCCAAAGCUUCUGGAAAACACCUACUCGUCUCUCAUCCCUUCCCCGCCGUCGCGUCCUCUUCGAACUGAAUCGCGCCGCGAUCACCCACCUUAUGGCGGACAAGGAGCCUGUCGUGGAGCGAUCCGAGGCGUCUGAGGAGGAGGACGCCUCCGCCGCGGCCGCCGCGGGGGAGGAAGAGGACACGGGUGCCCAGGUGGCCCCCAUCGUGCGGCUUGAGGAGGUACUCGUCACCACCGGUGAGGAGGACGAGGACGUCCUGCUCGACAUGAAGGCGAAGCUGUACCGGUUUGAUAAAGACGGGAACCAAUGGAAGGAACGGGGCACGGGCACCGUCAAGCUUCUCAAGAACAAGGAGACCGGCAAGGUCCGACUGGUCAUGCGCCAGGCCAAGACGCUUAAGAUAUGCGCGAACCACCUCGUGGCCCCCACCACGAGAAUGCAGGAACAUGCCGGCAGCGACAAAUCGUGCGUCUGGCACGCUUCUGACUUUGCGGAUGGCGAACUCAAGGAGGAGAUGUUUGCCAUCAGGUUUGGUUCGGUAGAAAACUGCAAGAAGUUCAAGGAGUUGGUUGAGGAGAUUGCUGAGUCACUUACAGAGAACGAGGACAAGGAAGGUCAAGAUGGCUCAUCCACGGCCGGAUUGCUGGAGAAGCUCACUGUGAGCGAGGGCAAAUCUGAGGAAAGUGGCAAGUCGGAGUCCACUGAUUCUGGCAAAGUGACCGAAACCAAAGCCGAUGCAGCCCCAGCCGAGUAGUUGGUGUGGUUGCACGCAGAUCCUCCCCGUGCUGAAUCAGUUCCUCUGCCCUUUAGCCAUGAAAUAUGUUUGCUAAUUUUUUUGGGGCGAGUUGGAGCAGUCUCAUGUGUUUGGGUUUGUUCUUAAAAACUUUGAGUUAAUUGGGGUUGGAACGUUCGGUAUGCAAGUGUAGUAUUUCACUGCGUGGAUCGUUAUGGAUUGCGGUAAAUUCAUAUAAGGUGCAUCUAUU